UCACCCGUGCGCGCCGCCUCCGCUCCGGCAGCGCCGCCGCUCCUCCGGCCGCGGCCCAGCGCGGGGGAGGUCCAUCUGUCUGUGUGUGCCCACUGCUCCUGGGGAGAUGUCCAACGUUUCCAGCUACGCCCUCCGCAUGGCCCGCCUCAGUGCCCAGAUAUUCGGCGACGUGGUCAGGCCCACAGACUCCAAAUCCAUGAAGGUGGUGAAGCUGUUCAGUGAGCAGCCCCUGGCCAAGAGGGAUGAGGUGCACAACUGGUACCCCCCUCACAACACCUACUAUGCCCUCAUGAAGAAACUCCGCUACUUCGGCCUCUACAGGGAUGAGCAUCAGGACUUCAAGGAGGAGAUGAGGCGAUUGAAAAAGCUCCGUGGGAAGGAAAAACCAAAGAAGGGGGAAGGAAAGAGAGCUCUCAAGAAGAAGUAGUGCUGCUUGAACAGUGUAACUGACUGCUCUGGAAAUGCUGGGGAAUGGCUGGAGAAGGCUUGGCAUGUGGGCUGUGUGUGGGGCACAGGAAACAAGCUGUGAAAUUGUGGACUCCACCUUGGUCAUGCACUUGGGUCUUUGGAGUUUUGCUGGUUUUGAGUUUCUAUACUUCAAAUAUACUGUAUCUUGCAGCACAGUAAUAAAAGAAAAAGUGCUCCGUGUUUUUUCGUGAAACCA